AUGACUCUGAUUACCCAGCGCAUCCUCCCUUUGCCAAAAAUUGCGCGAGAUAUUCUGAUCAAGAAAUAUUGCCUUAAUAAAUCUCGCAAGUGGGUUGCUGCGCAUCCUACAAAUCGAGACUGUCUGGCUCGUGUCUACCUAGGUCGGCGCCGUACCACAACUGCGUCAUCGGCCAAUUUCACCCUCCGAAACUUUAAUCUUCAUCUCGACCAAAUGAUUGAACUUGGGCUUCCUGUCAAAAAUCUAGCUUUCGAUAUAGGUGAAGCUCUAGCAGUGGUCCAUUGGUCCGCCCAUGUUGAUGGAUACGACAUUGAGUUCGUUCUAGGAAGUGAAGAAUCUAUGGAAUAUACGGGUGAUCUUUGUCUUACGCGUAAACUAACGUUGGCGCAAUUAGCCGCAAUGCCACCACAAACAGAUAUCGAGUCUCUCAUGCCAUUUGACUUUGAGCCACGUACGACACGUCUUUGGAUUCUUGAUUUCAAUCUUUGCAAUAUCUGGGAUGAAUCAGUCGCUUUGAAAAAUCCUGACACACUCAUCUCUCACCUUGUUAUGUCUUUCUUCGAGAAUGACCCAUACUAUCCUCUUCCGCUGUUGGAGGAUUGCUUGGAUAGAGAACUGUGGGAAAUAUUUAGUACAGCAUAUGUACAAAGGGCGGACCAGGUUAUCCAGGGGAAGGUUCCACGACUAGCUAGUCUGCCUCAGAAGUUCAUCGAUGGCUGUGUUCACAGAGAGAGGAGGAGUCUUGAGUACGGCCUUGGGCAUGGCUAUCGCGAAUGGAAGCAGUGA